UUAUGUGUUUUUUUUGGCCCAACUUUCAUGCCCUCUCUCUAGAACCUGCGUUUGUAUAACAAAUCAUCGUCGUCUCGCCAUUGUAGCUCUCAGCAGAAAAUAGCGUCGUCGUCGUCGGAAACGAUGGCUUCUGAGAAUGGCCAUGGAAGCCAGCCGCAAAUUUCUGGUGAUAAUGUUACUGAAUUGGGGUGGUACGUUCUUGGUCAGGAUCAACAGCAGCUUGGUCCUUAUGCCUUCUCUGAGUUGCGUGAGCAUUUUUCAAAUGGAUACAUAUUCGAAAAUACACUUGUGUGGUCUGAAGGAAGAAGUGAGUGGCAGCCCUUGUCCUCAAUUUCGAGCUUAUGGGCUGAAAUUAACCAAGGGGGGCCUGAUUCUUCAACUGCAGUGUCUGCCCAUGAGGUUGAUGAGUUUGAAAGAUGGCAAAGGGAGAUUCAGGAGGCAGAGGCGCAGGUGGAAGGUUCAGAGUUUGGCUCCAUUUCCGGCAAUGUUGGCGAUAGUGUAGCAGGAGAAGAUUUUGAGAGACCUUCAACACCGCCUGAGGGUGAAGAAGAAUUUACCGAUGAUGAUGGGACUAAAUAUAAAUGGGACAGGAAUUUCAGGGUUUGGGUUCCCCAGGAGCAUACGUCUGGCAGCACUGAGCCUUAUGGGGUUGAAGAGAUGACUUUCUUAAAAGAAGAUGAAGUUUUUCCAUUAGCUAAUUCUGAUGCCCCAGAAAAGUCUGAAGAUAUUUCAAAAGUGAGUGUUUCUGAGAGUUCCUUAAAGGAAGAAGCAAAUGAAGCAAAUAAUCCCAAUACGGUAGCAGAUGGAAAGAGGAAGCUUUCUGAUAAAGAUGCUGACAAGAAGGAACCUAAUAAACCUCCUGACAGUUGGUUUGAAUUGAAGAUCAAUACACACGUUUAUGUUACUGGAUUACCUGAGGAUGUUACCGUCGAUGAAAUUGUGGAGAUAUUUUCCAAGUACGGAAUUAUAAAGGAGGACCCAGAAACCAAAAAGCCUCGUGUGAAGCUCUAUGUUGAUAAAGAGACAGGAAAGAAAAAGGGAGAUGCUCUCAUUACAUAUCUUAAGGAACCAUCAGUCGCUCUGGCAAUCCAACUUUUGGAUGGUACACCUCUUCGCCCUGAUGGCAAGAUUCCUAUGUCUGUCACCCCGGCUAAAUUUGAGCAGAAAGGAGACAAGUUUGUAUCAAAGCAAGUAGACAAUAAAAAGAAAAAGAAAUUGAAAAAGGUGGAAGACAAAAUGCUUGGAUGGGGUGGUCGUGAUGAUGCAAAAUUGUCAAUACCGGCAACUGUUAUCCUUCGUUAUAUGUUCUCUCCAGCUGAAAUGAGGGCUGAUGAAAAUUUGCGCUUAGAACUAGAAGAAGAUGUUAAAGAGGAAUGUACAAAGCUUGGUCCUAUAGACUCAGUCAAGGUAUGUGAGAAUCAUCCUCAGGGUGUUGUUUUGGUAAGAUUCAAGGAUAGGAAGGAUGCUCAGACAUGCAUAGAUACGAUGAAUGGAAGAUGGUUUGGUGGUAGACAGAUACAUGCCAGUGAAGAUGACGGUUUAGUUAACCAUGCCUUGGUCCGGGAUUUGGAUGAAGAUGCCAAGCGGCUGGAGCAGUUUGGUGCUGAACUUGAAGGUGAGUGAGUUACUGAGAAUAAUAAGUUCAUCAGACCUGGGAAUGUUUCAAGAUGGCUGAAGCUUUUGGAUUACAUGGCUCUUUUCAUGGUUUUGCAAUGAUAUUUUUGUUUUCUCAUAUCAUUGCCUGAGAAAAAGAAAAGUAGAGGAGGAAGAACUUACUCACAUCUUAUCUGGAAGAGAGUAGUAUAUUCAAUGUAGAUUAUGUGACUCAUGAAAGUGAAGUUAACAUUUGAAUUGUAGCAAGUUAUUAACCGGUAGGGUAAUACACCUUCGUAGAUAGUAAUUAUUCCAUUUUAUCUGUUGUGGGAGAUUAUGCAUAGAGUAACCAGAAGAGUUGUUGCAUCGCCCAUAUGGUGUCAUGCGUAAUCAAGAUUAGCAGCUUGCCAUGCAUGAGGCAUUGAGACAGUUGGUGAUGGUCACCCUGUGGUCUGAGAAUUGUAUUCAUUUGAUGAUUGCUGUCGAUAUUUACAAUUUAUAUUUUACUCUAAAAAAGACACAUGCAUCUUUCUGCCAAA